UAAAAACAUUCAUGUGACAUGGACAAAGCAUCAGCCUGACACUGAAAUUUUGUAAACAAAGUAUUUUAGGGAACGUUUGAUCGAUUCUUUUUUGCAAUGUCUGCAAGACUAAGAAGUCCUGUGAGGGAUAAAAGAAUAAUAAAUUUGGCUGCUGAAAUAGCAGAAACUAAGGACAGAGGAGUCCCUGCGCUUCUGCUAAAUUUGAGAGAAAUACUAGCAUCAGCACCAAAAGGGACCAAAGAUGGCAUUAGAGUUCGAAAUGAAUGUUGGGAGUUUAAUAUUUUGCAAGUCCUGGUUUUAGUUCUGAAACAGGAUUUCAGUAUUGUUGAUGGAGACUGGCAAACUGCUGCUGCCUUAGCUGCUAUUCUGAGUCAAAUAUGCCUUGGAAUAGACCUUGAUGAAAAAUCACAGAAAUCAAAAUUCAGUAAUGAGUUUCUACCAGAAGCUGUCAGUAAUUUGUUCCUAAUCACAAGGAGGAUACAAGCAAGACAUAGCUAUAUUCCAGACAGACCAAGUCUACAAAAAGACAGACAAAGGCUAAUGAUGUGCUACAAAGGGGUGUUGGAAUCAGUGGCUCAAAUAACUUAUGGAUAUCCAGAGCUAGCCUCCACAGUGUUGGAGUGUCCAUGGUUGCUACAGUUACUGAUAUCAGAUGACCCCAGUACUGUAUCAGGAAUAAUGGAACUUCUCCCCAAAAUCCUUCGAUGCAACAAAAAUGUCAUGCAGGAUAUAGACAAGAAACUGAAGUUCAGCAUCAUGGAUGAACUCAUUUACAAACUCUCUGUUAACACUGAUGCUACCAUAGCCUCGGCCGCCACCAAAUGUGUGUUAAAAAUCUGUGAUAUACACAAGCCAAUGAUUGAUGUUGUCUGCUCCAGAUACAAGGGAUUGAAAUUCAUUCUGACCAAGUGGGACAAUGCUGGGUUUGGCCGGGACUUACGGGAAUUGAUGAUGAUGCUUCAAGCUGGAAAUGCAAAACAAGCUGAAUCAGAGAGAUUUGCUAGAGCUGCCACUGUCAUUCAGACAAUAUGGAGGGGAUUUAUUGCAAGGAAGAAACUCCAGAAGGCAAACAAAGCUUUCUCCAAAUUCCAGAACACAUACAGGAGGAAACAGAGGAUAAUGGGGAAAAGAAAAGAAGAAGCAAAAGUGGCAAUGGAACUUGAGCGAAGAUUGAAGCUUAACAGACAAAAGAUUAUGAGAGAAUUCAAAGAAAAACAACUGCACACCAUUGAAAUUCUACCAGCUGCUCAUGUUGAGAAAUACAUGCAGAAUGAGCAGAUCCAGGCAGCAGUGAAAAUUCAGAGGAUCUGGAGGGGACACAACUGUAGACAAUCCAUCGAUCAGAGAAAGGUCCUGAUUCAGAGAUACAAAGCUGCCAUUAUAUUACAGAGAGGGGUAAGAAAAUGGCUGGAGAAGGUGCGAAAGAAAAGGGAACGAUUUCAGUUUACAAUUAAGCCACCAGGUCUGACCGAAAACCGAAGAGUAGAACUACAGCAAAAGAUUACUCAGUACAGAGAGGAAAAUCCGCCUCAGUACUCCAAGCGAGAAGAUCUGGAAAAAGUCCACAAAAAGGCAGCAGAAAUGUUACAACGACAUUAUGUGACCUUGAAGAGUACGAGAGAGAAGCACGCUCACCGUGAGGCCUUGCUGGCCAGGUUGGAUACAGACUCAGAACUCCUCUCACUGGCCCCUCCAUUAAAAGAUGCUCGUGAAAAAGACAUUGAAAUGUAUUCUAGUAACUUGUUACCAAUAGCAACUAAAGCCAGAACAGACCACAUAGAAACAUUACGGUUGCUACGGCAACCCUGGUGGAAGAAGCUUAGAGACGAUUUACAAGAUCAGGAAUAUGAAGAGGAGGACUAUAUUUUAUUCUAGGAAAUUACUGUGAAAUUUAUUUACUUGUGUACAUGUAAUGAUAUUUUAUGUUAAAUAAUUAGAAAUGAAUGCCCAAUGUGUUUUGUUUCUUUUGGUUGGGUUAAAAAAAUUCUUUCUGGGGGAUCACAGAUACAUAUUUCGAGUCAUAAAUAUUUCUUUUAUUAAGUGCCGGUAUACACAGUAAAUAUGAUGGUGCCGGUAUACACAGUAAAUAUGAUGGUGCCGGUAUACACAGUAAAUAUGAUGCUUAGUAUUUUUGAACACGUCAAUGGAUUUCUUUCUAAAGGAGUAACUUACUUUUACAUUUAAAACUGAUAACUUACACAUUCACAUCAAUCCUUGUCAUUUGAUAUAUACUUGCUUCUUUAACAUGAAGUCGAGUACGGUAGAUUCCUAAUUAAACAUGAAGAAUUAAUAUCCGUGCAGGAUCGAGAAAAGCAACCCUCACGGAUUUUAAAAUCUUACUUUUAUUUUUCAGACAGAUUUGAACUACAUGUAUAGGAAAUUAUAGCAAAAAUAUUGUGCUCGCAAUUAUAAUUUUAUAUUCCCGGGAUUUGAUAUAAAACAGUGGAUAUUAACCAGAGAUUCAUUUAAAAAGAUACAAAGAAUUUUACUGCAUCACAGUACCAGGGUUGAGGUCAACAGUGUUUAAAAGGUCUAAAUAGAGGUCAAGGAUUGAACUAACUUUUACACAAUUGUCAAUUGACCAUUUGUUAGCCCAAGCCUUAAGACCAUGAAGCAUUUUACGGCUUAAAAGUCUUAAUAUCAGUCUUAAAAAUUAUAAUAUACAUGUAACAUAAAUCUACACCAAUAUUCAGUCCAUCGACAUAAUAUAGACACAGUUGACCAGUAGUAGCAUUUCAUUUUUCAAUGUUUUCAAUCAUAAGACAGAGUACAAAUUUUGACCCAAGUCUACGACUGCUUCAUGAUCCUGAGGCCAGAUUUAAUUAAACAAAACACAAGAGCAGAAUAGCACUUUUAUUCAGCAGACUUUUACACCUUUACCAGAUUUCAUACACUAGGGUAAUUUAUGAUGUAUCACUGUCCUGUCAAAUUAUGCAUGAGGAAUACAGACAAAUAAAUACUUUAUCCUCAAAAAUUGAAAUAAAAAUCAAACCAUUAAUUUUUCAUCGAAUUAAAUACAGAUUAUUACGGUAAUCCAAAAGAUAUUUUAUAAAUACUAUAAAUGGAAUCUUUCUAACAGAAAGACUGAAUAUUAAUCUGGACUAGUGUAUUUGCCAUGGACAGACCAAUACAUAUUCCUGUUCGACAAAAAAUGAUUUCAUGGUAUGAUCUUCGAAACACAAUGCUCAUAUCUCUGUCCAUCCCCAUCAUAAUGAUAGAAUAAUGAGCCACUAUCCAUUUUCGCUUGUGUAGAUUCUGUUU